AGAUUCACCCAGGUGUAGGUGAUAUGGUAGAGCCGCAAGGGUAUUUGAUGUUGCUCUUGUAUUAGAGUGAAGCGGUUUAUUUUAAUGGUGUUUAAAUACAAGCAGCAACGUGGGCUGCCCAGGUCAUAAAAAAAGAAAAAAAAACAAGAAUGAGCAAUCCUAUCAGUUCACUUUAGCUGUCUUUUUGUUUUAAAUUCCAGUAGAAAACAACUUAGCUUGGACUGGAUAAGAAAUAUCCUGGGCAGUAACAAAAUCCCUACGGCAGCAUUAAACCCAGGAAUCUCUGCAGCACACGAUUUUAGGAUUCUGUUUUGAACUGCGUGGUGUCUUUGCUGAAGGACUGCACACUGAAUUUCUACACUGGGACCAUGGACUACCUCAUUGGGAUUGUAUUGCUACUCUCCGGGGUAUCUCUGCCAGCAAGUGUGCACUCUCAACAGGGAAGGAGCAAUGCCCCUCGGCUCAGACUGUCUUAUAAAGAAAUGAUGGACUCAAACAAUCUCAUUACUUUUAAUGGUUUAGCCAAUAGUUCCAGUUAUCACACUUUCCUGCUGGACGAAGAGAAAGGAAGGCUAUUGGUGGGCGCCAAGGACCAUAUUUUUUCAUUUAAUCUAAUCAACAUUAACAAGGAUUACCAAAAGAUUGUAUGGCCUGCAUCUCCAACAAGGAAGGAUGAAUGUAAAUGGGCGGGAAAGGAUAUUUUGAAAGAAUGUUCUAAUUUCAUCAAAGUGCUGCAAACCUAUAACCAAACACACCUGUAUGUUUGUGGAACUGGGGCCUUUCAUCCCAUAUGUGCCUAUCUUGACAUCGGAAAACAUCUCGAGGACAAUGUCUUCAGAUUAGAGACCUCCCAUUUUGAGAAUGGCCGUGGAAAGAGUCCAUAUGACCCAAAGCUGCAGAGUGCCUCUCUAUUAAUUGAUGGGGAACUGUACUCUGGAACAGCAGCAGAUUUCAUGGGAAGAGAUUUCGCUAUUUUCCGUACCCUGGGACAGCACCAUCCAAUCAGAACAGAGCAGCAUGAUUCAAGAUGGCUAAAUGAUCCUAGAUUUAUAAGUACCCACCUAAUUCCUGAGAGCGAUAACCCUGAAGAUGAUAAAAUCUAUUUAUUUUUUCGUGAAAAUGCAAUGGAUGGAGAGCACUCUGGGAAGGCAACCCAUGCCAGGAUAGGGCAGCUAUGUAAGAACGACUUUGGAGGCCACCGAAGCCUUGUUAACAAAUGGACAACCUUUCUCAAAGCACGGUUAAUCUGCUCUGUCCCUGGCUCUAAUGGCAUUGACACCCACUUUGAUGAACUACAGGAUGUGUUCCUAAUGAGUUCCAAGGAUCCUAAGAAUCCAAUAAUCUAUGCUGUGUUUACAACAUCCAGCAAUAUCUUCAAGGGGUCAGCAGUAUGCAUGUAUAGCAUGUCUGAUGUGAGGAGAGUGUUCUUGGGCCCCUAUGCCCACAGAGACGGUCCCAAUUACCAGUGGGUACCAUUCCAGGGGAGGGUACCUUACCCACGGCCUGGAACUUGCCCAAGUAAAACCUUUGGAGGGUUUGAUUCUACGAAAGACCUACCUGACGAUGUCAUCACCUUUGCAAGAAGCCACCCUGCCAUGUACAAUCCUGUCCAUCCAAUAAGCCACCGACCAAUCAUCAUCAAGACUGAUGUAGACUACCAGUUCACACAGAUAGUUGUGGAUCGUGUUGAUGCAGAAGAUGGACAAUAUGAUGUCCUGUUCAUUGGAACAGAUGUUGGCACUGUUCUUAAGGUUGUAUCGAUUCCCAAGGAGACCUGGCAUGACCUAGAGGAAGUCCUCCUAGAAGAAAUGACUGUGUUCAGGGAGCGUGUUGCCAUUACAGCCAUGGAUAUUUCUACAAAACAGCAACAGCUAUACCUUGGCUCAGCAAUUGGAGUUUCACAGAUGCCCUUGCACCGGUGUGAUGUCUAUGGAAAGGCCUGUGCCGAGUGCUGCUUAGCCAGAGACCCCUACUGCGCCUGGGAUGGAACUGAAUGCUCCCGCUACUUCCCCACAUCAAAGAGACGUACAAGAAGACAGGAUAUAAGAAAUGGGGACCCUGUCACUCAGUGUUCCGACCUUCAACAUCAUGAUGAAUUAAAUGGCAAAGGGAAUUUGGAAGAAAGGAUUAUUUAUGGAGUGGAGAACAGUAGCACUUUCCUGGAGUGCAGCCCAAAAUCCCAGCGUGCUCUUGUCUACUGGCAAUUCCAGAAACAGAAUGAAGACCGUAAAAAUGAGAUAAAAGCAGAUGACAGAUUCAUCAGAACAGAGCAAGGUCUACUCAUACGCAGCCUUCAGAGGCAAUAUUCAGGAAUCUACUACUGUCAGACUGUUGAACAUGGAUUCAUGCAGACCUUGGUCAAGGUCACUCUGGAGGUCAUAGACACAGAACACCUAGAGGAACUUCUGCACAAGGAUGAGGAUGGUGAGGCAGCAAAACCAAAGGAAGGCCAUAUCAUUAUCCCCCCCAAUCAGAAAGUCUGGUACAGGGACUUCAUGUCCCUCAUCAACCACCCAAACCUCAACACCAUGGAUGAAUUUUGUGAGCAGGUCUGGAAAAGGGACCGCAAGCAGCGUAAACAAAGGCCAUCCAAUGCCCAAGUUAAUGCUAACAAAUGGAAACACAUUCAGGAAAACAAGAAAGGCAGAAACAGGAGGACCCAUGAACUUGAGAGGUCACCAAGAAGUGUCUGAUAUUGGGGUGGCAUUUCACAGACUUAAUCCAAGUAGACUCUUAUAGGCACUCAACUGGAAACAAAUGCAAUAUACUCCUGAUUUAGUUCAUUGGAUUGAUAAAGACUUGCACAAUGGUUUAAUGGUAAUGACUUUGGUAAUGAGUGAACUACCAUGUGUUAGUACCUUUGAAUGGUCUCCAUUAUGGAAGAAUGGAAACUGACAGUUGGACUGGACUUCCUGUAAAUAUUCUACAGCAAAAACAAUAUUUGACAUUUUGCUAACUAUAGAGCUCAGACUUUUGUUAACACUGUACAAUUAAAUAACCAUCAACGUUGACAAUAUAAUUAUCUCUCUGCUUGCCAUUCUGUUGUUUUUAAUGCAAUAGUUUAUAGAUGUUACCCUAUCUCCUAAUACGUGAUAAGAUUCAUUAACAAAUUAUUUUGGAAUAAGCUCUUCCAACACUGAUAAGGUAUGUUUUAUUUUUAGUUCAUAGAGUUCUAUCUAAAAAGUGUCUAAAAUAAUGUAUGUUAACUAUCUAUCUUAUUGUAUAUCAUCCUACCUUCCAACAAAAACUACUGCAACCCAAAGUUGUUGUUUGUUUUAAUCAUCAUGCAAGUGUAUUUCAUUUCUGUUCAAUUGUACUCCUUAGAUACAUUUCUAAAUUAUUUCAGACAUAUUUUCUAUUCUGAGUUUUUUUGCUUUAUUUAGUGUCAAUAGCUAAAUAAUGAAAAGGUCUAGGCUAUGUGAUACAACACAGCACAAUAUAAAUAACGUAUUUUUUAAAUGUAUACAGUUAAUGGUGAAAGUGAUUAUAUUACACUUCCAAAAGCAGACUGACAUACAUGGCUAGUUUUACAGAUCUGGAUUAGCGCUAAUGUUGGACUACCUAAUAUUAUUUUAGGUAAGGUAGUCCAACACUAGUGCUAAUCUGUGAAACCAUCUGAUAAAGUAUAUCAUUGCAAUCCAUUUCUUUUUUUCAUGUGUGGCAGUAUGGCCUGGGGUGCUAUGUGUCAAGCCAAAAAAUGUAUUCCUUAAUUUAUUAUUCCUAAUAAAUACUGGUCAGGUGAUUCAUUAGUCAUAGAAAUCCUGGAAAAUAUUAUAAACUAGCCUAAUAAAUAAAAAUUAAUCAGAGAUCUGAACCAACAAAUAAUACUUUUUUUUAAAAUAUAAAUGACAAAAAGCAUUGCAUUCUCUAUGUGGCAAAUACCAAUCAAGUUGACAUUUACUUAAAUUCAGUUUAUUUUUAUCUGUGAGAACAGAAUUGAACAAGUUAAACUGGGCUACGACUUAAACUUACAUACUUUGGGAGUGUAUAUUCCCAAUAUAACACCACCUCAUUACAGCUACGAUAUGUGUAUGCCCUUAUUGAGGAAAAAGAAAGAUGAAAUGUUAUCAUAGUGGUUAUACCUCCCAGUAGAGAUAUAAAUGACUGUGUUUAUACACUAUUAGAUGUAAAAAGGUCCAUAGAGGCCAAGGCAUCACGACUUAAUGUAAUUUAUCACUGUUGCAAAAAUAAAAUAAACAUUACUGUAGAUAAGUGGGUAGACACCAUACAAGUGUUUUUUUGUGGCCAUUCAUCUCCAAGAAGAACAAUAUUAAGCUGACUCCUACUGAGACUGUUUAACUACACUGUCUGUCUGUGCAUGUGGUUGGGGACGGACUGUAAAGCUCAUUAUAUGUCAGCACAAAGGUGGGGUCAGAGUGAGAGAUACAGCUGCUAAAUACCAGCCAUCUGAGCUGUCAGUUAAUUCCGUCUAAACCCAGUCACUAGUCAUCAUUAAGCUGGCAAACAGAACCCAGAUGGUUAAAAAAUAAGAUUUCCCUUUUUUUCUGUGAAACCAUGCAGAGAUCUUCUUAAAAGAUGUUCCACUGAUUAAAGACAUUUUAUUAAUCACAUUUAUCACACACUUUUAGCAUUUUUAGAACUAUUGACUGAUAAUUUAAACAACUAUAAAAACAGUAAAACUAUGGUAAGUGAUUUAAAAAAGACAUCGGUAAAGAUAAUUGUAAACACAUUUUAGGAUGCUUCUUCUAGGUUAGCAUGGACCACUGAAUGUUCAAUUAUUUAAAAUCUAAAUAUUUGCUUGAUGGUUAUUGUUUGAAAGAUGAUACAUGCCCUAAAUACAAUAUUUGUCAAUUUACAAGAAAAUAAAAGAAACCAUUUUUGUCAUGGUCCAAAAAAAAAUGUCACUGUGUAAAAAUUGCAUGUGAAUGCUCUUUUUAAUGUGUCUAAUAAUUUUUAUAUAUAAUUUAGUGACUUUUAAUGUUAUGUGUGUAAUAGAUCUACCUUUUGCAACAUGCAGUACACAUUAACCUGUUUAAAAGCUGUAUAUAUUUUUUCCUUAGAAAAUCAAGGUACAGUGUAAAGUACUGGCAUCUAUUAGGUACUCUAUUCCAAGGUGUUCUAUAUCAGUUUUUGAGCAACUAGUAUACAACUGUUUCCCCCACAUUAAAACAUGAGGGAUUUAUUUCAUAUUUCAAGGCAACAAAGUAAAGUAUCCAUCAGAUUGCAUGUAUGUUUACUACAGAGCAAUUCAUUUACAUGAUCAUAUUGCUCUUUGCAUUUCAGAUGGUCUCUAUAAAACUGGAGAAAAUAUAAUGAAACUGCUGCUGUAAAUUAUUUCUUUUUU